GUUCUUGGUCACCUCCCUGACCAAGGCCCUUCUCCCCCAAUUGCUCAUUUUGGCCAGGCAGCCAGCUCUAGGAAGAGUCUUGGUGGUUCCAAACUUCUUCCGUUAAAGAAUGAUGGAGGCCACUGUGUUCUUGGGGACCUUGGACACUGCAGACAUUUAUUUUGGUACUCUUCCCCAGAUUUGACAAUUCCUUUGACCUUAUGGCUUGGUUUUUGCUCUGACGUGCACUCUCAACUGUGGAAACUUAUAUUGACAGGUGUGUGCCUUCCCAAAUCAUGUCCAAUCAAUUGAAUUUACCACAGGUGGACUCCAAUCAAGUUGUAGAAACAGCUCAAGGAUGAUCAAUGGAAACAGGAUGCAGCUGAGCUCAAUUUCGAGUCUCAUAGCAAAGUCGUUGGGCCUGACUGCUCUGACCUGAGGGAGCUGAGUCUGCUCCCCCAUAAUCCCUUUGACCCCUGACUUUUGACCCCUGGACGGUGUAACCAUGACGACGGGGGAUUGUUGCCACCUCCCAGGCUCCCUAUGCGACUGCACUGGCAACACUGGCCUGUCCAAAAGUGUGGAGGAGUCGGAUAACUGCAGAGCGCAGUAUGUCACCCAGGUCACAGCCAAAGAUGGGCGGCUGCUCUCCACCGUCAUCAAACCUUUGAGCACACAGAGCGAUGGGCCAAUUUGCCGGAUCUGCCACGAGGGGGCCAACGGCGAGGGGCUUCUGUCCCCCUGCAACUGCACAGGGACUCUGGGCACGGUGCAUAAGAGCUGCCUGGAGAAGUGGCUCUCCUCCUCCAACACCAGCUACUGUGAGCUGUGCCACACAGAGUUCACCAUUGAGCGCAGGCCCAAGCCCCUCACAGAGGUAACAAAGUGGCUGCGGGACCCGGGCCCUCGUAACGAGAAGCGCACAUUGUUCUGUGACAUGGUGUGCUUCCUAUUAAUCACGCCCCUGGCAGGCAUCUCUGGCUGGCUGUGUCUGAGGGGAGCCCAAGAUCACCUGCACUUCAACAGCAGACUGGAGGCCUUGGGCCUCAUCGCCCUCACCAUCGCCCUUUUCACAAUCUACGUCCUCUGGACUCUGGUAUCAUUCCGCUACCACUGUCAGCUCUACUCUGAGUGGAGACGAACCCAUCAGAAAGUACGCCUCCUCCUUCCCGACGCGAAGGGGCGGCAUUCUAACCAGCAUUCCUUGCUCUCCACCAAGCUGCUGAAAAAAACAGCAGACGAGACUAUAGUAUGAGGUCAAAGGUGGGAAGAUUUGAAGUUGGUGUUCUUUGGGUGCUGGAGGUUCUCAAUGAAAAAGCACGUCUCCAACCAGAGCCCAAGCUCUUUUUCUAUUUAAAUCCUUUUUACCUAUGUGUGUCAUCAUCACUUAUUUUUUAUUUUGUCGUCUGAGCCUCUGAUGGUGGUUUCAGUAUUUUACCAGUAUUUUAGAGACCAGUGAUUACCGUGCAGUAUGGUGUUUCGGAAGGUUUGGAAAAGGGCAGUUGAUUGGAUGGGUCUCCGCUUACAUAGGAUUCAUUGGACAGAUGCUCAGUGGAGAUGGCUGCUGAAGCUUUAAGACCAAACCCUCUAGUGUUUAAGUGGACAAUUCCCACUUUCUCCUCCCUAAUUUCCUUCACAGCCGUCUCUAAAAGUGUAGCAUGGAUCGUUGACGCUGAUCUACGGCGAUCCAUCCAGCGGUUGGUUCCCUAACCACUGAGUGUAGAAGUAAGAAGCUUAAAGCUUUCAUUCCUGUUUACCAGCCAAAGGCUAUUAGACUGGGGGGAUUAUAGAUGCUUAUGACAUUGCUACGCAAGCCAGUUGACUCCCUUCAAUUCAGCUCCAUCUGUUUUCCUCCUUGGUGUGAGCAGGAAUUUUGUUCAUAAAGAUGGAGAUUGUGCAAUAAAACACUGGACACGGUUUCCUCUCACAGUACGUGAUGAGACUGCUACCAACAUGCACAGUUUUGCAUGCAUGUAUACUGUUCAUUUGUUUUUGUACGAGAGGUUGGUUGAGCUCCCAUUAAUCUGGUGUUACUAGUUAGUAUGUUGAACUGGGUUUCCUCCCUAGAGUAUAGAGGUCUCUCAUUCUAUUAGCACCACAUAGAGUGAGCUGAUCCAGGUAGGUAGGUCUACACGCCACUGAUGAGAGAAAAAAUAACUUUAUGGAAAUGUAUAUUCCACCAACAUGAAGUUCAAACUUUUUGUGGUUGACGGAAAGUAAGUCUUACCUUUCCAGGACAAUGUUAGAGUAGCGCAGGUCAAGAUUACUCUUCAAUAGCUAGUACAUUGCUCUCCUACGACGAUAGACCAAUGAAAUGCUUUUAAAUAUUAUGUGUUUUUUUGUGUAGUCAUAACAUUUGCUAGUAAUCACAUGCAGCAAGAGCAUAGAUUGGUUAAUUGAUGUUACUUCAUGUUUUGUAGCAGUUGCAUUCCCUUUCUGAUAUGCAGGCGACCAGACUGAUGUCUCGUCUCAGACGUCUACAGAUGUCAACUGUACCUUGACAGUAGAACCUAGUGUGUGGUGCAAGGUCAAUGUAGGCACUGUUCUCAUCCAUCUACCACAGCUUUAAAAUGCAUGAGUCGACCUCUGGACAAGAGAGAUAUGCAACAACACAGAUUUAUAGGGCUGGCCAUGUUACUAUCACCUGUUUGGAUCUUUUCAUGAAUAUACAGUUGAAGUCAGAAGUUUACAUACACUUAGGUUGGAGUCAUUAAAACUCGUUUUUCUUUCAACCACUCCACACAUUUCUUGUUAACAACCUAUAGUUUUGGCAAGUCAUUUAGGACAUCUACUUUGUGCAUGACACAAGGAAUUUUUCCAGCAAUUGUUUAGAGACAUUUUUUCACAUAUAAUUCACUGUAUCACAAUUCCAGUGGGUCAGAAGUUUACAUACAUUAUGUUGACUGUGCCUUUAAACAGCUUGGAAAAUUCCAGAAAAUUAUGUCAUGACUUUAGAAGCUUCUGACUAGGCUAAUUGACUAGGCUAAUUGUGAUACAGCUAAUUGACUAGGCUAAUUGACAUCAUUUGAGUCAAUUGGAGGUGUACCUGUGGAUGUAUUUCAAGGCUUAUCUUCAAACUCAGUGCCUCUUUACUUGGGAAAAUCAAAAGAAAUCAGCCAAGACCUCAGAAAAAAAAUUCUAGACCUCCACACACCAUGGGACCACGCAGCCGUCAUUCCGGUCAGGAAAUAGACGCAUUCUGUCUCCUAGAGAUGAGUGUACUUUGGUGCGAAAAGUGCAAAUCAAUCCCAGAACAACAGCAAAUUACCUUGUGAAGAUGCUGGAGGAAACAGGUACAGAAGUAUCUAUGUCCACAGUAAAACUAGUCCUAUAUCGACAUAACCUGAAAGACCGCUCAGCAAGGAAGAAGUCACUGCUCCAAAACCGCCAUAAAAAAGCCAGACUACGGUUUGUAACUGCACAUGGGAACAAAGAUCGUACUCUUUGGAGAAAUGUCCUCUGGUCUGAUGAAACAAAAAUAGAACUGUUUGGUCAUAAUGACCAUUGUUAUGUUUUGAGGAAAACGGGGAAGGCUUGCAAGCCGAAGAACACCAUCCCAACUGUGAAGCACGGGGGUGGCAGCAUCAUGUUGUGGGGGUUCUUUGCUGCAGGAGGAACAGGUGCACUUCACGAAAUAGAUGGCAUCAUGAGGAUGGAAAUUUAUGUGGAUAUAUUGAAGCAACAUCGCAAGACAUUAAUCAGGAAGUUAUAGCUUGGUCUUCCAAAUGGACAAUGACCACAAGCAUACUUCCAAAGUUGUGGCAAAAUGGUUUAAGGGCAACAAAGUCAAGGUAUUGGAGUGGCCAUCACAAAGCCCUGACCUCAAUCCUGUAGAAAAUUUUGGGGCAGAAUUGAAUAAGUGUGUGCUAGCAAGGAGGCCUACAAACCUGACUCAAUUACACUAGCUCUGUCAGGAGGAAUGGGCCAAUAUUCACCCAACUUAUUGUGGGAAGCUUGUAGAAGGCUACUCAAAAUGUUUGACUCAAGUUAAACAAUUUAAAGGCAAUGCUACCAAAUACUAAUUUAGUGUAUGUGACCUUCUGACCCACUGGGAAUGUGAUUAAAUAAAUAGAAGCUGAAUAAAUCAUUCUCUGUAUUAUUUUGACAUUUCACUUUCUUAGAAUAAAGGGGUGAACCUAACUGACCUAAGACAGGGAUUUUUUACUAGAAUUAAAUGUCAGGAAUUGUGAAAAACUGAGUUUAAAUGUAUUUGGCUAAGGCGUAUGUAAACUUCCGACUUCAACUGUGUGUGGGUGUGUGGUUUGAGUUCCUCUUUGUUCAGUUUAUAUAUUUUACUUUCUUCCUUGUACACUGUAUGGUCACUUCAGACCUUCUUUGUUUUAGCCCAGCUUAAUUUCUGCAUAUUUCUGUAUAUAUAUAUUGUUAAUCAUAGUGUUGUCCAUGGUUGAACAUAACAGUAUUGACCCUGAAUGUUAACUGGCCUGAAUAGGAGAGAGACUGAAUGCAAAUAGCCUCAGUAGAAAGCUCAAAUUAUGGUCCACAGAAGCCAAAAACCUAGGCCUAGAUUUGACGUUAAUUUAUUUCUAUGAUAGUAGUAUUUGUUAUAAUCGCUUCAUGGCAAUCAUACUCCUGUGUACUGCUUAUUUUGUAGAUGCAGGUUCAACUCUUCCAGUACCUGUAGGCUUCAUGCAUAGGUUUGACUGAGGGUUUAUCACCUGAAGGGCUUUGCAGUGGGACAGCUAAGCUGUAUAAGUGUUAUGCAGCUGUGACAAUCCUGGUUAUGAGAGUGGUUUCUGAAAUCAGUUUCAACCUGAAAAAGUGUGAUCUCUAGUCACAGUAAACGAAAUAGGAAAGUCAUCCUCUAAACUUGAACAGCAUAGACAGACAGUCAGCCAAGUCCAGUGGUGUCCUGUUGGGAGACCCCCCUUUUUUUAAAUAAAGUAUCCUCCACUUUUUGUUGUUGUUGUAAAGUGUUGAUUUGACCUCUAAAGGAAUCCUCUUGUCUGGAAAAUCUAUUUGUUGUUAAAUAAUAAUACUAGAGCUUAGUUGGAGGUUAUUUUCCUGUAUGUCAAUGUGUGUUGCGGAGUGGAACAGCUUUCAGGAUCUUUCAGCAUGGAGAGAGUUCUUAUCUACAUUGUCAGUGAUGGGCCACUGCCCUGUCUCAUGCUGUCUCUGAUUGGUGCUUUUGACAUGUUUGGAGCUAUGGAGACAUUGCAAAGUAGGGUGUAGUUACAGCAAGUGUGCAAUUUGAUAAAUUUACAAUGCAAUGCUUACCUAUAAACGUAACAAUACAUAAUGAAAUCAGAAAUAUAAUGUAGAAGCUAGUGCAUAUGAAGGAUCAUAGCAGUUUGCUCACUUGUGCAGUCUGAGAGGGCCACGAUAGGAUGUUUUAUUUUGCUAAGUGAGUCUGUGAGUUGCCAACAAUAUGCAACACUGCUCCCUUAGAAGGCAGCUCAGAGACAUACUUGCCACAUUACUCCAGCUUUUAUAUAACCGUUAACUCAAAACAGGUCAUUUUCUCCAAAGAUGCAUUUAUUCUUGUUUUAUAUAUCAAAUGGCACUUUUACAAAACUAUCAUGGAAAUCAAUACAGUUUGGUUGUUUCUAUAGUCUUCUAACACCGACUUUGAAAGGGAUUUAAAAGCAUUUCUGAUAUAGUACAAUUUUCCAAUUUCUGGUGUUUGGAUAUUGCUCUUCAGAUGUUGUUUUUGAUUUGAAGACGGAACAAAGAUUCCUGGGCAUUCUGAUGCUUGUAUGUAGAAGGAGCAACAUACCAGAUUUGUAGACUUGUUUUUGUUUGAUAAUGUCUUAAUCUCUUGUUAAUUUUGCCACUGUUUUUAACAUGCUGAUGUGUAUCAGUUGUAAUUUUUGUUCAAUUAUUCAUUAAGCACAUGGUUUUUAAUCACUCAUAGAGAUGGAAUCCGCAGAAGCUAAGGAGAGACGCACAGCAUGGUUAAACAAGUUAUGCUCUUCUAUCGCAGGUGCAAUGAUGUCUGUUGGGGAAAAAACAGUGUUAGUUUUUUGUUGUUGUAAUAUCGCAAACGGACGUGGCAGUUCCACCAUUAAGGAUUCCAGCUUUAACUAUAAUGUUUAUGUUGUGCAGUGGAAAAAGAAAGAUGUCUAAACCCAAAAUAUGUUGGUGCUUGCAAUCAGCCAAGAAAGUGUGCAAAGAAAAUAAUAAAUGAAGCCACAGUAUGGAUAAACAUCAA